AGUUCAGGUUUGGAGAAGCUUCGUCAGGAUGUCAGGUUUUGACGCCAACCCGUUCGAAAAUCCAGUUGAAGUCAAUCCUUUUCAGGAUCCUUCAGUCACACAGGUGACCAACCCUGGAGUGGAUCAUUUGCAACAGUUCAACCCUUUUCCUGCCUCGGAUUCAGGAGCUUUGACAGGCACCACUGUCCCAGCCUCUGCUGUCCCCUCCCAGCCCGCCGUGCUGCAGCCUUCUGUGGAACCGAACCCUCAGGCAACUGCAGCCGCAGGACAGGCCAAUCUGCUGAGACAGCAAGAGGAACUGGAGAGGAAAGCAGCUGAGCUUGAGCGCAGAGAACAGGAGCUGCAGAACAGAGAGGGAACUACAGGCAAGCAGAACAACUGGCCGCCGUUGCCAAAAAUAUUACCUAUUAAGCCUUGUUUCUACCAGGAUUUCUCAGAGGAAAUUCCAGAGCAGCACAGACGGGUCUGCAAGAUGAUUUAUUAUCUGUGGAUGUUGUAUUGUGUGACUCUGUUUUUGAACCUCCUGGCUUGUCUGGCAUAUUUCACCACUGAUUCCAACCACGGAAUGGAUUUCGGCUUCUCCAUCUUGUGGUUUAUUCUCUUCUCUCCUUGCUCCUUCCUCUGCUGGUUCCGGCCUGUCUACAAAGCUUUUAGGUCUGAUAGCUCCUUCAAUUUCUUUUUGUUCUUUUUUAUCUUCUUUGCCCAAAUCGUGGUGAUGAUCAUUCAAACAGUUGGUAUUCCUCAGUGGGGCAACAGUGGUUGGAUUUCAGCUGUCAGUGUAGUUACUCAGAACCCCGCUGCAGGUGUCAUAAUGCUGGUGGUUGCAGCUUUUUUCAACAUAUGCUCUGUGUUGGCAGUCAUCCUUCUUAAGACGGUCCAUGCUCAUUACCGACGCACCAGUGCCAGCUUCCAGAAGGCUCAGCAGGAGUUUUCUCAAGGAGUCCUCACUAACCGCACGUUCCAGAGCGCAGCAGCCACAGCAGCCCAGAGUUCCUUUCAGAGAAACUAAAACAAGUCUUAGAAAGGGCAGAUUCUUACCAUCCACCAUGAAUCCACCAGCAAUCAUUUACACCUGAUCAGGCUGAGCGGAGGCUCCAGAGUACUUCAGCUUUCGGACUGCAGGGGCACUAUUUUGGGAGUUCAUGUGUAUGUUUGUGUGCAGCUGAGGGUAUGAAGAUAUACCACUCAAUGAUGUGUUUGUAGAUUUGUAUGUUUGCUUUCUGUGUUUUGUGUAGCUUGUUUUUUGUUGCUGGAUAUAAAGUAAAUUAAGGGUGAAUCACGUUGGCAAAAGUACCAGACUCAUUAGCAAUCACAUAUAAUGCGCACUGCUUUCAUGUAGUUAAUAAAUAAUAAUGCUUUAAGCUGCAUUCCCUUCAUAGCUAAACAUCGACUGUUCAAGCUUAAUAAUGCUAUUUAGUCUAAAAUUAAAAGAAGGAAACCAUAGCACAGUUCAGUGCCAAAUGUAUAAAUACUUUUUUAAAUGUCAAGAUUAAAAGGAGUCAUUUACAUUUAGUGUUGUUUUGAAUAGCUGGAAAGGCUGUGUAAUGCCAGAGCUUUAAAAACUAAUUUAUGAACUCAAUGACAUCAGUGUACCCAUCUUGCAGGAGAACUUUACACUCAAUAAUCCAGAUGUUGUGGUCUGCUUGACAGGCACAGCAAUGUUGUUUAUACAAUUUUUCUUGAACCUAGGCAUUGCCAUUAUACAGCCCAUUUUGCUAUCAACAGCUAAAUCUGACCAUGUAACUGAUUUCCUUUAAGGUCUGGCAUUGAAAGGUGAAGGUUUUUUGUUGAGAUUAAACUAGUUGUAAUUUAGUUAUGCUCAGAAAUAUUGCUUACUGAAGGAUGCUCAUUUGAAGCUGGUAAUGGUAACCCAAUGGGACAUUGAACCUUAAGGCAAAGAUAUAUUAAAGCCUGCAUUCCCACAUUUUAGUCAUGGUCAUAUCUGCUUGACUAGCUUAGUCACCCUUGUUGCAUGACCAACUUGACAGGGUGAGCAAUAGCAUAUAGUUUUUGUAAGAUGAAUGUCUUGUGGAGCCAGACCUCAAAGCAGGAAUACACGUCUUCCUUAAGCCUUUGCAAGAGUUGAUUGUGGCUGCACUCACAGAUUUAAAUCCCACCUUUUCACUGCCUUUCUUAGCACACCAUUUAAAUCCCAGUAUUCAGCGUUCAUGAACAUAAGUCCUUUCAGCAUCACGUUUACGUUGGCUGUUAUUUGGUCAACUUUUAGCUUUGCAGAUGACGUCCAUGAUAGUUUAUAGACAUAAGUGAUAUCCUGCUGUGUACCAGACUGGAUCCAGUGUGUUAUAAUGUGUAACAUCAUCAUUGUUAGUGCACUCCAAGGUGUGGUUUAAGACGUACAUAGCUCAUUUUAAUCAACUACAAGGCUCGUAGGAUUGGCACGUACAUUUAAAUUGAGUUUGUCUUAUUCCCAGUAUGUGUAUUCACUGAAUGAGUCUCACCUUGCAAGACAAAUUAAAAUCACUUUUUUAAAACUGAUGCUUUUCACAGACCAGCUGGACACACUUGGUAGUGAACCUUUACAAGGACGUGGCCAGCUGUAAACUGUUAACAAGAUCACAUGUGGGAAUAGUUUGGCAUGAACAGGGAUGAAGCAAGCACAGUUAAGCUUUUCAGCAUCCCUAAGGCAGUGUUCAUAUUGCAGUGAAAUAAACAGCUGUCAGUACCAAUCUUAUUACGUGUUCACAACUACUGCAGAAUGGUAUGUUUUUCCCCUGCAUAUUUGUUUUGUAAGGUGAUAAAGCUGAUCACAAGCAAUUCAUUGUGUGACUGUUCCUUUUUAAGGAAGACAUGGUUUCUAGGUACCUUUUUAUGAAAUGUUUAACAAGGUGCAUAUAUUAUGAAAUUUACUGUGGCCUUAUUUGUUUACUCUUCUAAAAAUUGUUUUAACAUUGAUUUGAUUUUCUACUGAAAAAUAUUAGAGGUUUUUUGUACCUUAUGAAAGGGAUGAAUGUAAAAUUUAGACAUUUUUAGCAGUUUUGAUUUAUGAAUUUGUUUUCUGUAUGUAGUGAAUUAAAUAAAAACAAAUAAAGUAAUAAA